UCGAAUUGGAUGAUCGAUAGUUGUUGACGAUUGAUUUCGCUGCGAGAGGUGAAGAAGAGUUCGUCGGUUUGUUUUUUUUACUAUUGCGAUUGCGAAGGAAUCUGCCUUCAGUGUCAGUGACAAGUUAGACCGGUUCUGCAGACGAGUUCUGCUCAUAAAGCGUUCGCAAUGAGGCGAGCUUUCGCAUUAUCUUUUGUGGUUCUUCUGCUCGCGACCACCGCAACCGCGGAUGAUGGAGAUCUGGAUGAUCUCAUCAACAGUCUUUUUACAUCCCCGUCGCCGGGUACAAACCUAGGAGUCACAUCUCCCGCACCACCUCCUGCUCCGCCAGUCGGAUCACAGGGAUCGUGUGAAAAAGGUCAGCGUUGCAUUCAGAAAUAUUUAUGUACAAAUGAGAGUACAUCGGGCGUAGGAUUAAUCGACAUCCGAUUCGACAACGACAACCCAUGUGUUGACUAUUUGCUUCAGUGUUGUUAUGAGGAAGAUAUCAUUGAAUCACCAAAGCCGCACACCCCAACACCUCCUGUUAACCCACCGGUGAAUCCGCCAGUAAAUCCUCCAGUGAACCCUCCAGUGUCGCCCUCUUCUUGCGGAGUACGAAAUGUCGAUGGAAUUGGUUUCCGAAUAACCGGCUCAAAAAAUAAUGAAGCUGAGUAUGGCGAAUUCCCGAAUAUGCUUGCAGUCUUGACGAUUUCCUCGUUCGACGACAUUUCCAUCAAUGUGUAUCAAUGUGGGGGUUCUUUGAUUCAUCCUCAGGUUGCGCUUACAGGUGCGCAUUGUGUUCAAAAUAAAGAACCUGGUCAGCUGAAAGUACGCGCCGGUGAGUGGGAUACUCAGACAAGAAAUGAGGUGAAUCCGCAUCAGGAUCGUGAUGUGUCAGAAAUCAUCGUACAUCCGGAAUACUACAAAGGCGGUCUGUUCAAUGACAUCGCACUCCUGAUUCUGAGCUCGCCUUUCGAUUUGGAAGAAGGCAUCCAAACGAUGUGUUUGCCACCGCAGGACGCCAAAUUCGAUCACGAGAGAUGUUUUGCCUCCGGAUGGGGAAAAGACGUCUUCGGAAAGGCUGGAACAUAUCAAGUUAUAUUGAAGAAGAUUGAUUUACCGAUAGUGCCAUCGGCCCAGUGCCAGACGGCACUGAGAAGCACCCGUCUAGGGCCCAAAUUCGCGCUUCAUAACAGUUUCAUCUGUGCUGGCGGAGAACCAGGCAAAGAUACUUGCAAGGGUGACGGAGGAUCCCCGUUGAUGUGCCCUAUCAAGGGAACUCGCCACCGUUACUAUCAGGCCGGUAUCGUUGCGUGGGGUAUUGGAUGUGGCGAGAAUCAAAUUCCGGGCGUUUAUGCCGAUGUGGGCCGUUUCCGAAAAUGGAUUGAUCAAGAAAUGAGCAAACGGAAGCUGGACACCAGCAGCUAUACGGCAUAGUCUUUUUUUUCGAAGUGAGAAUGCGAUAAGAAACUCGUCAGAACAUCUAAACAUUGGUUCAUAUGAUUAUCAGUUGCAUGUUGUUCAUAAAUCGGUAAAUAACCUUUGACAGGAUGUUAUCAGAAUAAUGUAGUUUAUAGGAACACUUCAUAAUAAAUGUGAUGUCUAAAAAAUG